CGUUAUACACUAACUGUAGAGCCCUGUCCAUCCAAUAGCAACUUAGCACCAACGAACCGAUGCUCCUAUAAGUAAUUCUGGCGCGAAAGAAUUUUCUGAAAAUUGAAACGAGGCAACAAUGGAAGACGACGGUGGAGAGAGUUCGAGCUUCGUGGUCGCCAUCAUCGAAAACAGAGCGAAAGAGGUUGGAUUAGCUGCUAUUGAUUUGAGGUCAGCUUCAUUGCAUCUCUCUCAAUAUAUUGAAACUAGCAGUUCAUAUCAAAACACAAAAACGCUACUGCAUUUCUAUGAUCCCAUUGUGAUCAUUAUUCCUCCAAACAAGUUAGCAUCUAAUUCCACGGCUGCAGUUACAGAAUUGGUUGAUAGAUUUUAUGGUUCGGUCAAGAAGGUAGUGCUGGCCCGUGGUUGUUUUGAUGACACAAAGGGUGCUAUCUUAAUAAAAAACCUUGCUGCCAAGGAACCUUCAGCACUUGGUUUGGACACUUAUUAUAAGCAGUAUUAUCUCUGCCUGGCUGCUGCUGCUGCCACUUUAAAGUGGACGGAAUCAGAAAAAGGGGUUGUUGUUACCAAUCACUCAUUGUCGGUCACCUUUAAUGGAUCAUUUGAUCACAUGAAUAUUGAUGCAACCAGCGUCCAAAAUUUGGAAAUUAUUGAGCCAUUUCAUUCUACCCUUCUGGGAACAAGCAACAAAAAGAGAAGUCUGUUUCACAUGCUCAAGACAACUAAAACAAUCGGAGGGACUAGACUACUUCGUGCCAAUCUGUUGCAGCCUCUAAAAGACAUUGAGACAAUCAAUGCUCGUCUUGAUUGCCUAGAUGAGUUGAUGAGCAACGAACAACUAUUUUUUGGCCUCUGUCAGGUUUUGCGGAAAUUUCCAAAAGAGACAGAUAGAGUAUUAUGCCACUUCUGCUUUAAGCCAAAGAAAGUUACAGCUGAGGCCUUGGCAGUUGACAGAGCUAAAAAGAGUCAAGUGCUAGUAUCUAGUGUAAUCCUCCUUAAGACUGCUUUGGAUUCCAUCCCUUUACUAUCUAAGGUGCUUAAGGACGUGAAAAGUUCCCUUCUUUCAAAUAUAUACAAGUCAGUAUGUGAAAAUGAGAAAUAUGACCUUAUUAGGAAAAGGAUAGGGGAGGUUAUUGAUGAAGAUGUACUUCAUGCACGGGUUCCUUUUGUUGCCUGCACUCAGCAAUGCUUUGCUGUUAAGGCUGGGAUUGAUGGCCUCUUGGAUAUUUCACGAAGAUCGUUUUGUGAAACCAGUGAAGCCAUCCACAAUCUUGCAAACAAUUAUCGAGAGAAUUUCAAGUUGCCCAAUUUAAAGCUUACCUUUAAAAACAGGCAGGGAUUCCACUUUGUUAUACCACAGAAGAAUAUUCAAGGAAAGCUUCCAAGCAAGUUCAUUCAGAUUGUAAAACAUGGGAACAACAUUCAUUGCUCAACUUUGGAACUUGCAUCUUUGAAUGCUAGGAAUAAAUCUGCAGCUGCAGAAUGCUAUACAAGAACAGAGAUUUGUCUAGAAGAACUUAUGGAUGACAUUCGGGAGAAUGUCUCAGUGUUGACACUGCUUGCUGAGGUCUUGUGCUUGUUGGAUAUGAUUGUAAAUUCCUUUGCUCAUAUGAUAUCAACUAAGCCUGUUGAUCAAUAUACAAGACCAGAAUUUACAGAGAAUGGGCCAAUGGCAAUUGAUUCUGGUAGACACCCAAUCCUGGAGAGCAUACACAACGACUUUGUGGCAAAUAAUAUUUUUCUGUCUGAAGCCUCAAAUAUGGUGAUUGUGAUGGGACCCAAUAUGAGUGGAAAGAGUACUUACCUUCAACAAGUGUGUCUCAUAGUUAUUCUUGCUCAAGUGGGGUGUUAUAUUCCUGCUCGUUUCUCAACUCUGAGGGUAGUUGAUCGUAUGUUUACAAGGAUGGGCGCAGUUGAUAAUCUUGAAUCCAACUCUAGCACGUUCAUGACGGAGAUGAAAGAAACAGCUUUUAUCAUGCAGAAUGUCUCACAAAGGAGUCUGAUUGUUAUGGAUGAACUUGGGAGGGCUACUUCGUCGUCUGAUGGAUUUGCAAUUGCGUGGAGUUGCUGCGAGCAUCUUUUGUCACUUAAAGCGUAUACCAUAUUUGCCACACAUAUGGAGAACCUAUCGGAGUUAGCUACGACCUAUCCCAACGUAAAAAUUCUUCACUUUCAUGUCGACUUAAAGAACAACCAUUUGGACUUCAAGUUUCAACUUAAGGAAGGAUCAAAACGUAUCCCCCAUUAUGGUCUUCUCUUGGCAGAAGUGGCAGGAUUACCAACUUCGGUUAUUGAGACUGCCAGAAUGAUCACAUCUAGGAUUUCGGAAAAGGUGACCACACAACUUAUCAAAACUAGGGUGUUAAUUUUAAUUCUGUUAAUCUUAAAUUUCAAUGAGAAGAUAAUCAAGCUUAAUUCAUAAAAUUAGAAAUACUCAAGUUGGAAAUUUCAAAUCUCCCUCCAUUGGUUUGAUUAGAUAUAUAGCAGGAGUCUGAAGAGAAUCAAAGUGCUUAGAAUUUGAAGGGGUUUUGAUUUUUGAAUGGUUCAUUGGUGUAUUUAUAAGCAAAUUAAUACAGAACUGCAUGUAAAUAUUACGUCAGCCACAAUGGAAAAAAAAAAAAAAGUCGUUCCCUCGUUCACGUCUAGUUCAUUAUAAAAAGUUGCUUGAACAGG